AUCCAGGACUCGAACCGAGGUUAGCAUCGGCUUCGACUGCGUCACUUGUACGCGUUUGUUGAUGAAAUUAUUGCGCACAUAUCCGGCUUUGAACUGACAGGCGGAACCUUAUUGCUCAAAAGCAUUUUGGCGAGCUGCUGUGCUCCUGCAUACGCCUGAUGCUGGCUUCGGAGUCAGAAGACGAAGACAGGUUCGCACUGCGCAGGUUCCCAGGUUCGCAGGUUUGAUCCAAGACUACUGCAGCAGCAGCAUCUUUCUCACACGUUGCACGACGGCAGCAUUCCCAUGUCGUCGUCAUCGCAUCAGGCUCACCGACCUGAUGGGUCUCGGGGACGCACAACAAGAUGGGAUGAAGGCAUCCCCCCGAUGCUCCGGCCGCUGGUGCGCGCCUAUCUCCUUGGCUAUGUGUCCAGCGUAGCACCAAGGCUGCUGACGUUGUUGCUUCAACACCUCACGCGGCGCAAGCUCAAGAGGCAGGCCCAGGAGCCAGCAACGACACCGGCUGGCGCACAGCCGCAGAAAAACGGCGAGCCGUUUCUGGAAGCACUGCAGCGCAUCCUCCGAGGGGGGCUUGAUUGGCAGCGCUUCCCCACAUUUUGUGCCGUCCUUGUCGGCGGCAGCACGCUGCUCGAGCGCCCGUUUAGUGUCGUGUUCAGCCAGCUAGCAAACAACCUCUCCGAGAUCGCCCGGCGGAGGCUCUCCCGCUGGUGCGCCUCGUUCACCGCCGCAUGGUUGAGUCUCCGCUUGCUUCAGUCCAAGCAGACCCCGAGCUUCACCGACACGCUCCCCUCCGCCAAUGGCACCCCGCCCAAAACCAUCCACUAUGCGGGACGGACCCUAGACCUGACUUUCUUCGCCGUGACCCGCGCGCUGGACGUGAUUGGCGGCGAGCUCUGGCACAGACGCAGACUGCGCCGGCGACGACAAGUUCCGCAAAAUCCCGGAUGGAGCUCUCUGGAAUCCGCCGUCUCCCGCCUUACUGACCCAGCCAUAUUCGCCCUCUCCAGCGGCUUGAUCAUGUGGACCUGGAUCUAUCUUCCCUCACGCCUGCCGCGAGCCUACAACAAGUGGAUUGGCUCCGCCGCGGCGGUCGACGGCCGCCUGAUCGAGGCUCUCCGGCUGUGCCGCACCGGGAAGCUGCGCUAUGGCCUGGACACGGGCUGCGCCAACCUGCUAGGCUCUAUGUGCGCCGACUACGGCUGGCCGGAGGAGUGGGGAAACCCGGCCAAGUCGGUGCCUUUCCCCUGCGAGAUGGUGCACAUGGGGUGCGGUCCGUCGUGCGAGUACCACGCCGUCUCGCGCUUCGCCCGCUCCUUCCGCUGGGCCAUGGCCACGUACCUGCCGUUGAGUCUGCUGCUCGCGUUGGGACGGAGUUCCGACCACCGCCGCCUCCCAGCAGGCCUCCGCCGCGCGCUGCUCUCGGCCGCCCGCAGUUCCGCCUUCUUGGCGACCUUCAUAGCCCUCUUCUACUACGGCGUCUGUCUCGCCCGCACGAGAGUGGGACCCAGCGUGCUGGGCAAGGACGCGGCCGCCCGCGAGAAGAUUGAUGGCGGCUAUUGCAUUGCCUGCGGCUGCCUGCUCUGCGGCUGGAGCAUCCUCUUCGAGCACCCCGGCCGCAGGAAGGACUUGGCACUGUUUGUGGCGCCCAGGGCGCUGGCCACCCUCUUCCCCAGGCGCUAUGCCCUGGACAAGCAGUGGCGUGAGACGCUGGUGUUUGCGGCCAGCACGGCCUUGGUGUUUACCUGUGUGCGCGAGAACAGGGCACGGGUGAGAGGUGUCUUCGGCAGCGUCCUAGGCAGCGUUUUGCAGGCGUAGUACGGAUGGCAAGGAGCAAGGUCUAAUGACUUAAUGUGUAUUGUGUUAUUGUAUGCUACUGUAUUGUACGACGUUCUGCAUGAGAUGGAUUAUGGUAUGGUGUAAAGCGGCCACUACGGGGAUCGGGGACUCAGGGUUCGAAUGUAUACUUAGACCAACACUCCGCGAGUUGAGCUAGAUGGUCUUCCCUGUGAUACAGGUGUGGUUAUCAAAAC